CGCUCGCACUGGCACCGGAAGGGCAUGUGUGCGGUGUACGCUCGCAACUGUAGAGGUCCCCCUUUUUCAGCGGGCUGCGCGCACAGCUAUUGCACCCGCUUUUUAUCCUGUGUAAAGAGGAGAGAGUGAGGGGGCAUACGUACGGACCCUGCACGACCGCAGACAUGUAUCCUCCGUGAAGUGUAGCGCAAGGCAACUCUAAGAUACCGGGUGUUCUGCGAGAAACAAUUAAAAUGUGCGGCUCUAUUUCUGAAUGAGCACAAGGACAUGUGUGAUAUGCGUUGUAGCUUACCUAUAGACCAAAAUCAUUCGCACUAUUCCAAUUUCAUUCAGAUUUGAGGGCACAGGUAUAUGACUUAAACUCAUUUUAGGGAAGAAAGAAGACGUCGUGUUCUGCUGGUUUUUGUGGAAUUUUCGCUCCAGCUGAGAGUCGUGAUGUCUGGCUCAUUUCACACAUUGGUCCUGGGUGGGGAUCUCCUAACUCAACCCGAGGUGGCAGUGUGUCUCCCUCCAGCCCUGCUGACAGGAGUGAAACGCUGGGGGCAUAUUUGAUGGAUGCCCACCUUUAACAUGACGGCCCGUGAGCAUCAAUCUCCGCUGCCUGAUUAAAAUACAAGUUCUGCUGGGCGUGUUGACGGCGUGCGCACAGACCGAGAUGAAGAGGGUUGUCGGUGACAAUGCGACACUGCCCUGUCACCACCAGUUCUGGGCAGGUGACGCCCCCACACUGGACAUCGAGUGGCUCCUCCUCAAGCCCAGCUCCAAGCAGAGAGUGGUGAUCACCUACUUCGCGGGCCGGGUGUACGACCCCAACGAGGCGGAGGAGGGGCGGCUGUCCUUAGCCGGGGACUACCUCAAGGGGGAUGCCUCCCUGCUGAUCAGUGACCUCAGCCUGGGCGACUCGGGCGAGUACAGCUGCAAGGUGAAGAAUGGGGGGAAGUACCAAUGGAGCACGGUCAACCUCAUAGUACAGGUGAAGCCGUCUAAGCCGCGGUGUUGGAUGGAGGGCCGGCUGUUGGAGGGUAGUGAUGUUAAGAUGAGCUGUAAGUCUACAGACGGCUCUGACCCCAUAAACUACAAAUGGGAGAGGCUGCUGGACAAGGGCAAGUACGUGGGAAAGCUGCCCCCACUGGCCCUCAUAGAUUUGAAAAACUCAGAGAUAGUGACACUGAGGAACCUGACCAAGGAGAGUGCUGGGGUGUAUAAAUGUACCGCCAGCAACGAUGUGGGAGAGGAGAGCUGCACCGUAGAGGUCAAGAUGCACUAUGUGCGGGGCAUGGGUGUGGUGGCGGGCGCCGUGGUGGGCGUGUCCUUCGGUGUCCUCCUCAUCAUUCUCAUUAUUUGGCUGGUGUUCCGCAAGAAGGAGAAGAAGAAAUACGAGGAGGAGGAGACCCCUAACGAGAUCAGGGAGGACGCGGAGGCUCCCAAAGCCAAACUGGUGAAGCCCAAUUCUCUCUCCUCGUCCCGUUCUGGAAGCUCCCGCUCGGGCACCUCCUCCACCCAGUCCAUGGUCCACACCACUGCCCCCCGGGGGCCCCGCGCCCGCCUUCCUGACGUCGCCGCCCUCAAGGAGAACGGCCAGCCCCCCAGCUUCCCCCAACAGCCCCCUGCCUACACACAGGUGGUCCCCAAGACCCCUGAGCCCCGCACAGCCCCGGCCAAGCUCAGCCCUCCCCCCAAGCUAAGCCCCGGGAACCUGGCCCGCAUGGGAGCAACGCCGGUCAUGAUCCCUGCCCAGACCCAGGCCUUCCAGACUGUGUAGGAGGGAGGGAGGGGAGGGAGUAGUGGAGGGAGUAGACGCAGACAGACACAAGAAGCCCCAGUACACAGCUGAUAGCAACCCCCAGCCUGCCCCCAGAAACCCUGUGAAAACCAGCCAUAUCAUCAACUAAAUGUAUAAUUGAGUGCAUUCUACGAAGGGAAGACUUUCAUAAGAGGUUUUGUCUCCUGUACAAAGAAUACAGAGCAAAAUAUUUUGCUCGCAUGAUAUCCCAUGACAACAGAACAUUCAUUGUGUUUUUGCCUGAUUUUGCUGACGAGGUCAGUGAUGUGUAUCAUACUCUGACGAGGUCAGUGAUGUGUAUCAUACUCUGACGAGGUCAGUGAUGUGUAUCAUACUCUGACGAGGUCAGUGAUGUGUAUCAUACUCUGACGAGGUCAGUGAUGUGUAUCAUACUCUGACGAGGUCAGUGAUGUCUAUCAUACUCUGAGGUGGAAGAAGAGGAGCAAAGGGAGGACCCUGUGUAGAGUUGAGGUAUUUUUAAACUAAACCGACAGAGCCAUGAAAGCGGAACGGGCUAUGGACAAAGGGAGGGAGGGAGUGAGAGCAAACAGAGGACUGGAAAAGAGCAAACAAAGGAGAUACACAGGCUGCAUAGCUCACCAGAGAUCAGGCGAGGGUUUCUGGCUGUCUCACGACACCUGAUACCUGCUACCAACCAGGUCAAACCAGACGGCAGACAAGACAAAGAGAGAAAAAAGACAAAGAGAGAAAAAAAAGAAAAAAGACAGGUAAAAGUAAACCUCUCUCUGGACUUGCCUGAGCACCACACCUACCACACUCACACACUCCGCCACACCGAGCCAAUCAACAUCUCCCAGGCUUCUUUGCUGGCAUCGCAGACCUCCAUGUAUUCUCUUCCGGGAUACCCGCCAAGGCCAGCAGGCAUGGUGAUUGGUUUAGUAAGGAAGGGGGUGCAGGGGGUGCACCGAUCGAUUGACAUACCAAUGAGAGUGGAUGAAAGUUUGAUGCUGAUGCAAGAGGGAUGUUUGCCUGUGAUUGUACAAAGAUGAUAUAGCUUAAGUAAGAGACUCCACUUAGACACGUCACCUGUCAUCCUACACACCUGCACAUGGGUCACUCACAGCAACACGAAAGAUAUCGAUAUUGAUUUCCCAUGUUUCCUGUGCAUCCAGCACUAUACACUCAACAAGUAUGGACUUAUGUAACGUUAUCUUCCCAUGUUCAUGGACAGCGUCAAUUAAGCCCAUAGGAAUAUGUGACUUUGUGGUCAUCAUAGGGGAUUAUUAAUGGCUGUGAUAUGAAUUGCUGUUGUCUAAUAUUCUACAUUUCCUUUUUUCUAUUUCAUUUAUUUCAGAUUCCUUCAGAAUGUUUAAAGAUUGUUAUUAAAGGGGUGAACUUAAGCCCUAUCGAUAAAGUGCCACUGUUGAUGUUUGUUGAAGAUGGUUAAUUGCAUUUCUGUUUUAGUUUGUGUUGUGUUUAUAGCAUUUCCAUUAAUCCAAAAUGAAUGAACUAACAUAUGAAUGUGUUCUAUGCCGUGCAGUAUAUGAAGGGCUGGAUUCAAUUUGUAUCGCCAAAGUAACGUGCAAGAUCCGCGAUAUAGCUCCAUUUAAAUGUAAAGGCAAUGUUCCCGCGUUCGCAGAGACCACAUUCACAGUCGGCUGGAUCUAAAAUUACCUUUACAUUUUAAAUACUUCCGCGAUAUAGAUUGAUUCCAGCCCAAAAUCAUUGGAUGAAUCCUUGUUUUUAAUGAGCAGAGAUUUGCAGCAAUAAAUUGUAUCCCCUGCAGUUGAACUGUGUCUGAAAAAAUACAAAAUAUAUUCUGUAUUAUGAGAAAAUGAGCAAAGGGCCAAACACAUCAUAAUAUGAUAUCACAUGCAUUGGCUCAGCACCAUCUUGUGAUUAUAGAAGAACAGUAAUGAUAAUCCUAGAGGGCCUUGGGUUAACAUACACAUUUUAAUUGAAUACACCACAAAACAUUAAACAUAGCUUUACAGUUUAAAAUGGUUAACUCUACGAUACACCUGAGAUUGAUUCCAUUUCAAGCAGAAUGAAAAGCUUUGAGAACCAUGUAAUCAAACUAAAAUCAUUCCAUCAAAGUCUCUUCAUGGUGGCCAAACAGAAUUUAAACAACACUCAACCUCAGUAAAAUAUCCUGUCUGAAAGUGUUGAAUUAUGCCCAACCAUUCUCUGAUAUAAAUGUCAACUUUUGCCUGAGCUCUCAUCUGAUCCAAAGGCAUGACUUCUGCCUAGCGAUAGUCUUCUCUGCCUCUACGCAGCAGCACAUUGGUCCUUCAGUGUUAUGACUGCUUCCUCCAAAGAGACACCCUUGUUAUUCUGGCUCACUCGCAAUGUAAUGGAUGAGAUGUCAGGAGGUAUUUGGAGUGACUGAUGUUGUGGCGCCCUCCAGGAGAACCCAGCACACUCAUCUUAGAUCACCAAGGAGGGAGGGCUCUUCUCAUCCAGCGGUUCAGAGUGCACUCGCACUCUGGCCUCCGAAAUGGUUCAAACGAGGACUGGUGACUCGAGAGUCUAUACUUCUUGAAAAAGGUUAAAAAUGUACCUGGUUUUUCGUUCAUGCCUGGCUGAAAUCACCCAGAUUCAUUUGUAUCAAUAAUUGUAUUUUUUAAAGUCGGCCUAUUUGUGAUGAGAUUAUUUCAUGAUCGUGGGCAGUUCAAAGAGUGAAAAGAAAGCAGCAAUUUUGUCUCUGUGACUCCAGUACUUCCAGCUUGCCCACUGCUGGUUGAAAAGCUCCUUUAAACCAGGAGACGGAUGAGUGGCGAGAUGAGAGGACGACACCUGAGGGAGUGCUCCUGAUUACCCACCACAACCCCCUUUGAAUUUCCCAUUAUACCCCUAAAAGCCAAUACAGGGAGGCCGAUGAUUGAAUGUGGCUCUUACGGCCGUUUGAUGGGGUAGGAUACGCACCGGUAUUGAUUUUCCUGUUAUCUGAGUGGCUCUGUGAAUUCCCCUGGCGGAGCGCUCUGUGUCCUGAAUCAUCAGGGUUUCCACCCUUUUUCGUUUGAAUGUCUUGCUUGGCAGACAGGAGGAAUGGGAAUGCUCCAAACCAUGCUGGGGAUUGGAACAACGUGAACCACAGGUGUUACGUUGCCCUUUCACCAUGUAUCGAUUCCAAAAGGACAUUACCAUAGGUUAACUAGUACAAAACUUGCAUCUUGAUGUCAUUUAUUAGUCUGUCUACUCUAAAUAUCUCCACUAUGGUUUGAGUGAUGGGACCUUUGAUAUCAUGCAUACAGUGUAAUGUUCAAGAGGGAAAGAAUCCACCCAAAGCUGAAAAAUGAUGGAUAUGCAUGUCACAGAUACUUAACUAGAGAAAGAACAAAACUGUAUUUUUGCCUCAAUGCUUAUAUAAAUAUAUAAAUGAUCAUCUUGUACAGAAAAAUGUUACAGUUAAAACAAAUGCUAUGACUGUAAAAAAGGAAAGUUUUGUUCAUUUUGAGUUUACUCGUUUGGGUUAAGUAUUCAAUCAUAAGUACUUUGCACUUUCUUAAACUGUGCUGUCUGUGUCCCGCUUGCGUUAAGCCCUCUUCACCAACAGCGUUAGGGGGGAAAUGUUCUCUCUCGCUCUAUUUUCUUUGAUUGACAAUGUCAUGCAGUUACUUUGAGUUGUUGUAAACCAAAAAGGCAAUGUACAUACCUCAUUCUCGAGUGAAAAAUGUAUAUUUGUACAAUAUCUGAAUAAGUACUGUUUUGGUUUGUAAUAAAGCAUUUGAUGAAUAGCCA